UCGAGGAAAGCAGAGGCCGUCAAAGAGGCGUUUAUGCAUGGCUACCUUGCGUAUCGAAAGUACGCGUUCGGCUUUGAUGAGAUUCAGCCUCUGAGCGCGAAUGGCACAAACAGUCGAUAUGGCUGGGGCCUGACGAUUGUUGAUUCGAUCGAUACAGCUAUCAUCAUGGGCUUGACAGAUGUCGUUCAGGAAAUGCUGCAGUAUAUCUCGCAGAUUGACUUUACGACCCCUGGAAACGGAGACGACCGAAUACAGCUCUUUGAGGUGAACAUCCGAUACAUCGGAGGCUUGAUUUCAGCAUAUGACUUGCUCAAAAGCGGCCAAUUCUCCAGCACAGGUCAAUACGAUGAGCAGCAGGUGGACGCUUUACUCGAUCAAGCCAAGAAGCUUACAGACAAGGUGGCCUAUGGCUUCAAUACGGCAACAGGUAUUCCAGCUGCAUUCGUCAACUUUACAACCAACGAACCAGUAUACAACACCUACACAGAUUCUGUCACCAAUGUCACCUACAAUUCUACAAAUGCUGCCAGCAUUGGCACAUUCAUUCUGGAAUUCGCACGUCUAUCAGAUCUUACAGGAAACAACACCUACCGCGAACUAGCGGAGCGUGGCAACAGCUAUCUUGUGGAUCCGUCGCCACCACCAGUCUUGUCAAGUCUUGUCGGCACAGAGUUUGAUGUCGACACAGGUAACAUGCUGACAUUCAAUGGCGGCUGGCAGGCUGGCGUUGACAGCUUCUUGGAGUAUCUGAUCAAGUAUUAUCAGUACGCGGUCACUGAAACGAGCACAGCAUACAAAGAAUUCUGGUUAGAUGCUACCAAGUCUACGAUCGAUAAUCUGGUCGUCCAUCCGUUCGGGCACCCGGAGCUGACAUUCGUCUCCUACCAGAGCCGCAACGGCUCGAUUGAAUGGUUUGCGGACGAUUUCUCGUGCUUUGCCGGUGGUGGCUGGUUGCUUGGUGGUGCGCUCCUUAAUAGACCAGAAAUAUCCCAGCUCGGUGCAGCCUGGACUGAUGGCUGUCACCACACUUACAACACCAGUACCACAGGUCUUGGUCCUUUAGCGUUUGGGUGGUUCAAUGAGAAGGGUGGAGCGUACGAUCCAAAACGUGUCAACGAUGCAGCAUACCAGAAGUCGCAAGCUGCGAGAGGAUACUUCCUGCCUGCAGGAGCGGAAAAUUGGUUCUCACGACCUGAACCUAUCGAAAGCUUGUUCUAUGCGCACAGAAUUACUGGUGAUCCUCGAUGGGCCGAGCAUGCCUGGAGUGUCUUCCAGGCGAUGAACGCCACAUCUCGUACGAAAAUUGCUUGGGCAGCUGUCGAUAAUGUGGACAUGCCAUAUGGUGGUAGCAUGAGUGACAAUCUCGACUCAUUCUUCUUCGCCGAAGUGCUGAAGUAUCUCUACCUGACCUUUGCCGAUCCGAAGGUCAUUAAUCUCUCGGAGUGGGUGUUUAACACUGAGGCACACCCUUUC